GGCUGUGCGCUUGCGCGGCUCGGGCACCCUCCCGGAACCGUGAGUAACUACGUGGAGGCACUGCAGGGUGGCCAGCGGGCUGUGUCGGCGCCAAGCCUCCACCGGAGGGUCCGAAAGGAGUCUCUGCAGUGCCCUGCUCCCACCCGCGCUGGGUUCCCGGGACUCUUAAGUGGGCGCGAGGGAAGCGCAUCUGUGGCCCCCAGGUGUCGUGCGGGACGUGCUUUUUGUCCCGCGGGUUGUCCGCCAGUAUUGUCGACUCCAGCGCCCAGGGUCUCAGCAGAGAUAGACGGAAGAAAUGGCCCUGGUACCCUAUGAGGAGAGCGCGGCAAUAGGGCUCCAGAAACUCCAUAAGCCUUUCGCCACCUUCUCUUUUGCGAACCACACCAUCCAGAUCCGUCAGGACUGGAGGCAACUGGGAGUUGCUGCAGUGGUGUGGGAUGCGGCUGUCGUCCUUUCCAUGUAUCUGGACAUGGGUGCUGUGGAGCUCAGGGGCUGCUCUGCUGUGGAGCUGGGUGCUGGCACAGGGCUGGUGGGCAUAGUGGCUGCCCUGCUGGGUGCUCAGGUGACUAUCACGGAUCGAAAAGUAGCAUUAGAGUUUCUUAAGUCAAACGUUGAAGCCAACUUACCUCCCCAUAUCCAACCUAAGGUUGUUGUUAAGGAGCUGACUUGGGGACAAAAUUUGGAAAGUUUUUCACCUGGAGAAUUUGAUCUCAUACUUGGAGCUGAUGUCAUAUACUUAGAAGAUACCUUCACAGACCUUCUUCAAACACUGGGACAUCUCUGUAGCAACAAUUCUGUGAUUCUUUUAGCUUGCCGAAUCCGCUAUGAACGGGAUAGUAACUUCUUAACAAUGCUGGAGAGGCAGUUCACUGUGAGUGAGGUUCACUACGAUCCUGAGAAGGACGUACACAUUUACAAAGCACAGAAGAGAAACCAGAGGGAAGACUUGUAGUGGGCAGUAUUUUCUAAGAAUUGAAUGUACCAGGGAAGGUCUUACAGCUAGAACUGUUAGCCAUGUUAAUGACGUGACUGACUGCAAGUCAGUUCGCUCAGAGCUGCACAUGUGUACUUUGUAGACGGUGCCUUGCCUCAUAGCUGUAACUGUCAGCCAGAUUGGCUCCCUUCUGCAAGUGGACAUGUGAGGUCUGGCUGGUGUUUAUUCCUUAUCCUGUGUGCUCACUGGGUAAGCAGUCCCCACUGAUGGAGACUGGUGACCUGGAGAGUCAGUCAUACAUUCUGGGAUGGAUUUUGUCUCAGUUUCCUUGUCUGCUGAGUGUAAGCAGAUUUAUUACAUAUAUUCCCUGAAAUGUGUGUACUGUUGGAGUCUCUUGUGUUAGUCUUUUUUUGUGUUAGAUAAGGCCUUACUUUCUCUUCGGCUGUGGGCUGGACUGAAACCGCAGGCCAGGCUGACCUCAAGCUCGCAGUGGUUCUCUUCCCGGGAUUACAGGUGUGUGCCAUGCCACCUGGCUGACUGCUUAGUUCUUAAGCACCCUGAGAUGGAGAUGAGUUCUCUGGGUCUCAUAUCACACCUUUUUACCAGAUUUCAGGAGUAAGGAUAUAAGCAAAGAAAUAAAAAUAAAAUUUUACAUUUGAAACUACCUAAACUUGUAGGUUAAAAAUACUUCUAAAACCAUGCUUUUGUUUGUUUCAACUUUGCUGUUUCUCAGUUUUGCAGUAUCUAUUUCUUAGGGUUUGUUUGUUUUUUUCCUUCUAGUAUGUCAGUUUUUCAAAGUUCAAUCUCGUUUCUUCACAAAGGUUAGCUCCCAAGGAGCAGUCUGUAUUGCACCUAUAAUCACCCAUUUGGUCUACAGCUCCUGGUGGGCUGCAAGCUGCGGGGAGGCCUUGCAGCUUUGCUUCCCCAGGGUCCAGUAAAAACCAAGUCAUCAAAGAGAAUUCCAGUUAUAAGUAAUUGAUGUUUCGUGGUGCUAGGGAUCAAAAACCAGGGUUUUACGGAACUUGGCAAACAUUAGCCUUGAGUUAUUACAUUCCCCAGCCAGGUUACUAGUUUUUUUGUUUUCUCUGGGUAGACUUUAUGAAUAAUGUUAUCAGUACAAGCUUCUUCUUUUACAUUAAAGCUUAACUAAAAGCUCAAGCGAUUUGGAGCACAGGUAUUAUAACUGCACAGUGGCAGUGGUAAUAGAAAUUUGUUCUCUGAUUGGUCUUUUACAUCUAUGUGUUCUGGUCAUUAGGGCACACCCUUGGCCUGAAGAAAAUACCCAUAAAGGGGUGCAACUGUCAGGAAAUAUAUCCCUUUACAUAGAAAUCAGAAUUGUAAUUCACCCAACUAUAAUGAACUGAAUAGUAGAUUUUUAAAAUUUGGUAUUUUAAUUGUGUGCCUGUGUGCAGAUAUGUGCAUAUAGUGCAUAUAAAAGCUAGAGUCAUUGCAACCUGUGUAGCUAGAAUUACAGGUUGUGAGCUGCCUGGGUGCUGGAAAUUAAACUUAGUCCUCUGAAAGAGCGGCAAAUGUUCCUUACCACUGCAACCACCUAUCUAGGGCCUGAAUGCUAGAUUCUUUUCAGGUAGACUCCUGUUACUGCUAUUUCAGACAUACAGUCUAGCCAUGUUGCCCAGGCUAACCAGGAACAACUCCUACCAGCACCUCCCUAGCAAUGGAGUUACAGAUGUAUGCCAUCACUCCCAGCUUGCCUGCAAUCUUGUCUUAACAGAUCCAGUUUAUACUGGAAACAGCACACCACUGAAUUUUGGGUGGUCAUAAAAGGCAGCUCAGUAACAUCAGUGCAUUAAAAAAAAAAGCUCUUUAUGAUUAUCUAAAUGUACCAUGUUAUGUCUGCUUUUCUUUCCUAAUCCAAUCUGUCUCAAGAAAUGGAUUCUCAGGCUGUUAAACAUAACAAAGCAUACUCUCAAUAAUGAAGUUACUCGAAUGUGUGUAAGACUGACCAAUCAAUAAUCAAUGGCAUUUCACUACUAUACUUUUCUUUGCCCUUUGAGACCUGGUCUCAUUAGUCCAGGAUGAUUUUAAACUGAUCCUCCAGUCUCAGUCUCUUGCACUUUGCUAUAUAUCCCCAGAGAAUUGUUAUUCUUUAUUGCAAGCAUUUUCUACUAGUUCUUUAACAGAACAGAAUCUUAAAGUGCUUAAACAAAACAAAACACAACCAAUCCUAUACAGUGUUGGUUAAGUUGUGCUGGAAUCCAGCACCUGACUUUUAUGAGUUAGUAGAAGGCAUGGGUUUCUGUGUUCUAACCUUUCUGCUGCUCUUCCCUGUCUCAUAAAAAAGUAGCAGUCAAGUUCUUUACAGAACAAGGGGUGUCACUGUGUUGAGAGGCUGCACUAGCAAGCUGUGUUCUCACACUCGCACAAGCUGAAUAAUCUAGGCAGUCUUCAGUUGUGCCUCAACAUUUGAAGACUUGUUAACUCAUAGGUUCUUAAUGCUGUAAAAUGGUAAAUACUUCUUGGCAUAGCCAGGAAAGGGUUAAGUUUAAAAAUCCUGAGACAGUCUCAGGAAAACAAAACAAACAAACAAACAAAAAACCAAACCAUUGUCAACAUGGGGGCAGAAGGGAAAACCAACCGACUAGAAAAAGUGUAUACACAUCAUAGCCUUGUGUAAACCUGGCUCUGCUAUUCCAGUUCUUUCAAAACCAACAGAGUCAGACAUAAAAGUAAAGGGAUGCAGUCCAGCGUUAAAUCACUUGCUUAGCAUGUCAGAGAGAGCCCAGGGUUCAAUCCCGGCAUACUUGAAGAUGGAGGAUGUAGUAGAACGUGGGACUAGUAUGAACACUACUGGGUUUAAUUCCAGUGUCCUAGAAACAUGUUUCAUGAAAAAAGCUAGACACAAAGUCAUAUCCACAUUACGAUCCCAUUUAUUUGAAAUUUCUAAACUUACAGAAGCAGAUUGUGGGUUGCCAGAGGCAGGAGGACACAGGGGAAGGAUAACUGUUCUACUAAGUGGUGCAGGGUUUUAUCCAGAUGAUGGAAAUGUUUGUGAACUGCACAGGAAUGGUAGUUGCCCAAGUGUGUGAAUGCAAAUGGGUCACUUUAUGAUUCUGUUAACCAUUUAUCAGUUAAAAAGCAAGAAUAAUAUAUUCAUCGCUGGAAAUGAGCCUGCCUUCCACUUGAUGUUAGUCUUUAUCUGGAGAAUGCUUAAAACUGAAGAAAAUUCAGUCUCAGGCAAGGUGGCAUGGAUGAACAGUGCUUUCCUGGGCUUGACCGUCAACUUAAUGGAAAGUGGCACCGUGUGUAUGACAUGGAAAAUGCCUGAAGGGACAGAUUUGGAGGAGAAAUUUGUUCUGUUUGGGACCUGUGCUUCCCAUCUAACAAACACAUGGAAGUCUAGAAUUCAUUGUAGAGGAAAGGGAUACCAGCUAUAUACAAAGUUAUAUUCUUGGAGGACUAUUUUAGAUUUUGAGAAGUACUUUUCUCCUGUUACUCUAGUUCCUAGGUCCUCAAAUGAAUGCCAAGUCACAGCUACAGGAAGAUAGGCAUUAUUAUCUUUCCGAGGCCCAAUAGCUUCCAAGUGAUAUGAUCACAGGCUGAACUGCCUGGUACAACUCUGGUUUACACCUGCCUUUCAGGUUGUGACUUUUUUUUUUUUUUUAAGGGAUC